AUGGCUGCUCGUGCUGCUGCUGCUGAUCUUGCCAAGAUCUCCAACCUGGGACUGGGCAAGAACACGCUCGCCCAGAUCUCGGCGUUCCGCAAGCGCGCGGACGACGCCAAGCGCCAGCUCGCCCAGCUCCAGCAGCAGAAGACCGACGUCGACUUUGCGCACUACAACAAGCUCAUCCGCAACAAGGACGUCGUGUCGCAGGCGCAGAAGAUCCUCGCCGAGUUCAAGCCCGUCACCUACGACGUCCAGGCCCAGCUCAAGGCCAUCGACGCCUUCGAGUCCAAGGCUGUCGAGCAAGCGCAGGCUACCGCCUCCAAGAUCGAGGCAGAGCUCAAGGACCUCAAGGCGACGCUCAAGAACAUCGAGGAGGCACGACCGUUCAACCAGCUCAGCGUGGACGACGUGGUUGCCGCACGCCCCGAGAUCGGCCGCACCGUCGACGAGAUGGUCAAGAAGGGCAAGUGGACCACGCCAGGCUACGACGAGAAGUUCGGAAACCUCUCGGCCAUCUAA